AUGGUACGAAUUCAUAUGCUAGCCCUCGCAUUGGUACUUGUACUCGCGUUCACAGUUUCUGGCGCACCUGUUCAGCUCAAGUUCACGCCUGUGGACAAGCAGGAAAUUUUGAGCAGCGAGGUAUCGAUCGAUGGCAACCUGAUAGCCACAGGCCGAAUUAUAACCUAUGAAUACCUUCAAAUCCUCGGAAUCGCCAACGAGGCCCAGGAUUGCUUUCCAAAAGGGCUGAUUGGGCAGGACAUCAACGGACGAAUCCUUUCGUGCCGAGAAGGGUCAUGGCAAACGUUUGGAAUAAGCACCAUCACUCGAUAUGCCUCUCAUAAGGCAUAUCGCUUCCCGUCCGCAUAUGUGUUGUGCGCUCCUCACGAGCGCGUGGUUGGUGGAGGAGGCGCAUGUAGCCAGCCAAGUGGACAUAGCUGGCUGUUGGCGUCAAAGCCAGUGGAUAAUGGCUGGGGUAUUCAGUGCGAUGGAGGAUUGAGAAACGAAUGGGGAUCUGCAGAAGUGUGGGCUAUCUGUGCUUGGUAA